AAACAAUUCAAACGAUGCCAUGCGUCAAUUUCUGCUACUAUGUCUAAAUCAAUCAGCAUCCUGUCUUUCCUUCUCUUCAGUGUUCCCACCAGUUUAGCAAUAAGUGGGAAACCAAAACCAAUUCAAAUAACCAAAGAUGUUGUUAUCAUUGGAGGAGGUGCAUCAGGCACAUACGCCGCAGUCCGUCUCCGCGAAGACCUCAAAAAAAGCGUCAUCGUCGUCGAGACCAGACCCAAUCUAGGUGGCCACACAAGUACAUAUCUCAUCCCAGAAACAAACACAACUGUCGAUUACGGCGUGCAGUCGUAUCUUCCCUACGGCCCUGCAUCCUCCUUCUUCGCCCGCUUCAAUAUUACGACUGAAGUCUUUUCUCCAGAGAGACUGACUCCGCUCAACGUCGACGUCGAAACAGGAAAAACGCUACUAGAUUACCGCGCUCCAAGUGCGAAUACUACGAAUGAAGCGUUUAGCCGCUGGCUCACCAUUACUCAGAAAUAUCAACAGUACUUGGAGCCAGGAUACUGGAACUUCCCACUUCCAGGCGAUAUCCCCGAUGAUUUCCUGAUUCCAUUCGAGCAGUUUGCAAAAAGGGAAGGAAUCGAAGCGGCGGUGCCGCGGAUAACUGCGAUUUCAGGAGUGGGAUACGGUGGUGUGAGGAAUCUCUUGACAUUGACUGUGCUGCAAGCAUUCGGGGCGUCACUUACACAAGAUUUCCUCCAAUCCAAGCUCUUCCGCCCGACAAACAGCAACAACGCCCUCCUCUACACCCGCGCUCUCUCCCUUCUCAAGUCAGACAUCCUCCUCUCCAGCACCGUGCAAUCCACAAAACGCACAAAAAACAGCAUCCAGCUCACCGUCACCCACACAAACGGUACUUCCUACCUCAUCACCACCCAGAAGAUCCUCUUCACCGCACCCCCAACCCUUGCCAACCUCUCCCCCUUCAACCCAGACAAGCGUCAAAAAUCGCUAUUUACCCCCUGGACCCCCAGCGCAGAAUUCGUAGCUAUAAUCCACGCGCCCUGCCUCCCGUCCAAGACCUCCAUCUCCUUCCUACCUCAGGCCGUAGUACCAACCAGCUACCUGGCACUCAAAGACUACCCCUACAGUCUCCGUCUCGACGCUACGGGCCCUGCGGGUACAAAUCUCUUCCGCGUCAUAUUCGGCGCAAACUACACGCUUUCCACGCCUGCAUUCCAGCAGCUCGUGCGAGACCGCGUCGAUCGGCUAAUUCGAGCGGGCUCAGUAAACACCACAGCAGCAAACUGUGAAGUUACGUUUCGAGCGAGUUCGGAUCACUCGCGUCCAUGGUGGCCGCAGGAUGCAGCCAAGAUACAAAGUGGGUUUGUGAGCGAGGUGAAUAGCUUGCAGGGAUAUAAGGGAAUGUGGUUUGCGGGAUAUGCAUGGGGUGCGCCAUAUAGCUCUACUGUUUGGGCGGUUGUUGAUACGGUUUUGGAGAGGAUGGUGGGGAGGUAG